AUGGCAGUUGCUUUAAGGCGCGGGACUGGUAAUUCGUUAAUUUUAAUAGACGAGUUUGGUGUUGGCACGCUUAUGGAAUCAGGAUUUUCGCUGUUGAAAGCAUCGUUGAAUUACUGGAUUCGAAAGGGAAAAGACGAUUGCCCACAUGUAUUCGUUGUAUCACAUUUUUAUGCUUUGACGGACCAUCUUGUCAAGGAUGUCAGUUUACUGGCAUAUGCGGUACGUAAUCUGAGGCGUUUGGAAUAA